GGCUGCGAAGCCAUCUCCCUCUCGUUCUCCGUCUCAAUCUUUUCCUUGGCCUCGUUUUGUAUUGUAUUCCACAGAAAACGGGGAUAUGGAUAGCGAUACACUCACCGGAUUGUUGAAGAAGGUCGCCGGAAAAUUUCCCGACCAGCGAGCGCUUUCGGUCUCCGGGAAGUUCGAUCUAACUCACGCUCGGCUCCAGGAGCUGAUCGAACGCGCCGCCUCACGCCUCGUCUCCGGCGCCGGCAUCGUGCCCGGCGAUGUGGUCGCUCUCACCUUCCCUAACGCUGUCGAGGUAUUGGUUUUUCUUUCUGGUACGGCGGCGCCAUUGAACGCGGCGUACACGGCGGAGGAAUUCGAGUUCUACCUGUCGGAUUCAGGGUCAAAGCUCUUAAUUACCUCUCACGAAGGCAACGCCGCGGCUCAAGCGGCGGCUUCCAAGCUCAGCAUCCCUCACGCCACUGCAGCGCUCUCCGCUGCCGACUCCGACCUAUCCCUCUCCGUUGCCAACUCUGACUCGGUUGUUGACUCGGUGGCCGAACUCGUUAACGAUCCGAACGAUGUCUCACUCUUCCUCCACACCUCUGGUACCACGAGCCGUCCCAAGGGCGUGCCGCUGACGCAGCUGAACCUGGUCUCGUCGGUCCGGAACAUCAGAUCGGUUUACAAACUCUCUGAGUCUGACUCGACGGUGAUCGUUCUCCCGCUGUUCCAUGUUCACGGUUUGUUGGCCGGACUGCUAAGCUCACUCGGAGCCGGUGGGGCGGUGACUCUUCCGGCCGCCGGUAGAUUCUCUGCCUCCACGUUUUGGGGAGACAUGAAAAAGUAUAACGCAACAUGGUACACUGCUGUUCCUACGAUUCAUCAGAUCAUAUUGGAUCGCCACUCGAGCACCCCUGAAUCAUACUACCCGAAACUCCGAUUCAUCAGGAGCUGUAGUGCUUCUUUGGCUCCGGUGAUCCUGUCUCGGCUAGAGGAAGCUUUUGGAGCCCCGGUCCUCGAGGCCUACGCAAUGACAGAGGCGACACACCUGAUGUGUUCGAACCCAUUGCCGGAGGACGGCCCACACAAGCCAGGAUCAGUUGGGAAACCCGUGGGUCAAGAAAUGGCGAUUCUGAACGAGAAAGGGGAGACACAAGAGCCGAAUAACAACGGGGAGGUCUGUAUCAGAGGGCCGAACGUGACGAAGGGAUACAAGAACAACCCAGAGGCCAACAAGACGGCUUUCGAGUUCGGGUGGUUCCACACGGGGGAUCUCGGUUUCUUGGACUCUGACGGUUAUUUGCAUCUCGUCGGUCGGAUCAAGGAGCUCAUUAACCGCGGAGGUGAGAAGAUAUCACCCAUCGAAGUAGACGCAGUACUCAUAUCGCAUCCAGACGUUGCCCAAGCCGUUGCGUUUGGGGUUCCUGAUGACAAAUACGGCGAAGAGAUAAACUCGGCGGUGAUUCCAAGAGAGGGAUCGAACCUGACGGAAGAGGAUGUCAGGGCAUUCUGCAAGAAGAACUUGGCGGCAUUCAAGGUUCCAAAGAAAGUGUUCAUCACCGAUAACCUCCCCAAGACUGCCACCGGCAAAAUCCAGCGCCGCAUAGUGGCACAGCACUUCCUCAACCAAACCCCUUCCUCCUAAAAGAAUAAUAAUGGUAAUAAAAACAAAUCCAUGUCUUUUUUGUCUAUGCUUCAUAAUCUUAAUAAAUAGAGGGUGGGAAUAAAGUUCCGUCUUCUACAAUUUAUUUAGAGA